AUGGAGCAGAGUGUGCAGCAGCAAGGGCCAACACUCUCAGGCGAGGGUACCUACUCAUCCCGAGGGAGGACAUUGCUUGGCACUGCGGUCAGGGUGGAUGCCAAGUCCUGGAGUGAGUUAGGGGACUCGUGGCUAGGCCUUCCCCGGAGCAGAUGGACUGACCCUGACAUCAGGAUCUUCCUGCAGGAGUGGGAAGUAGUAGAAGCGGAAAUAGGCCACCCAGGCAGAAAAAUUCACAAGAAGACCAGGGCUCUUUGCCAGCGACUCUUUCACAGGGGCCUGAAGAAGUCAUGGCAAAGCUGUUUCGACCUGCUGGUCAGUCUGCAGUAUCUGCACAGGAAACUAUGUAGCGAGAGACCCAGGACAGAACCCUUGUUUUCUCCGUAUGCCGAGGCCCUGUAUAGGAUCCUGGGCCAUAGACCCCAGGGAAGCUAUUUCCCAGGGCCUCCCAAAUAUGGAGCUGGUUACCCCCUGUAUCCGAUGGACCCUCAACUUCCAAUGGUGAUACCAUCUGCCCCGUACCAGCCUUGCCAUUAUGGCUUACCUGCACCUUCUCCAAGGCUUCAAGGCUACCAAUGGUCUAUGAUGUCUUGUGGGCAUUCCGGCCAUCCAGCCUUCUUUUCGGCUGCACAACCCCUUCCUGCUCCCGUCCUAGAGACUCCAGUGUCAACCAACAGUGCUUGA